AUGAUUUCAACAUUAGCAAAGAGUAAAAGUAAGUAUUUAGGCCGUUUAUGUUGUGGAUUCAUAGCAUUUCCAUUCCUAUACGAAUAUACAAAAGAAUUUUAUUGGACUCAGAGACUUAAAAAGUUGAAUAUGGAUGAAAUUAUCUCCGACAGAUUUACUUGGCUACACCAUUGCAUGAUUGUAUGUCAAUUAUUGAUUAAUUAUUCAUUUGUGUAUUCUGAAGAUUAUAAAAACAAUGUGUAUAUUCCAAGUGAAGAUACUUUCUUUUUCGUUGAUGUUAUAUCUAAAGAUUUCAAGAAUAUUUUAAAAUCAAAACCAAUUUUAAUAUUAGAAAUCGGAUCAGGAAGUGGUUACAUAUCAACAUACAUUUUAAACCUCUUCAAAUAUAACAAUGCUCAAGAGCAUAAUAUACCACUUUGUAUAUCAACUGAUAUAAAUAAAAUCGGAACAUUAAGCACAUCUAUGAUGAUUAAAUCAAAUAAAUUAGAAAGUUUCUCAGAAUGUGUUUGUAUGGACCUUUUCAAUAAUUUAAGACCCGUUGAAUUUGACUUUAUCUUUUUCAAUCCACCUUAUGUCGUUGGAACGGAUGAUGAUACUAGUGAUAUGAUUGAUAAGGCAUGGAAUGGAGGAAUUAACGGUUCUGAGACCAUAAUUAGGUUCAUCAACUCAGUUGACAAAUACAUUUCAUCUGGAGGAUUUGUGUAUUUGUUGGUUGAAAAGAGAAAUAAAAUAAAUGAAAUUCUAGAAUUAAUUAAAGAAAACGAGUUUCACUACAAAAUUAUUGGAACUAGGAAGGUUAUUGGUGAAGAACUAUCAAUAAUUAAGUUUUACAAAUCAACUAUAUCUUAA